AUGAAUCAACUAGAUAGGCAGCAACACCCAAAAGAUUUACAAUUUCGACUUCCAACUCCGUUGGACUGUAACGAGUUUCAAUUUCCCUUUGAGCCAUAUAGUAUCCAAUAUGAAUUCAUGCAGAAGCUUUAUACUGUCAUUGAAAAAGGACAAGUAGCCAUUUUCGAGAGUCCAACAGGCACGGGGAAAUCGUUGAGCUUGAUCUGCGGCGCAUUGAAAUGGCUUAAUGAUAAUGCAUCGAGGCAUGAGAAUCCAUUGGGAAAUAGCGCAGAAAGUGACACCGCCUCGAAUGAACCGUCUUGGAUAUUGGAAUACCAUCGAGAGCAAAUGCGUGAACGAGAAAAACAAAAAAAACAGGAAUUGGCCAACAGGAUCAGAAGAAUCAGAGAACGUGAGCUUGCUCAACAGAGAACCCCUAGUAGUUUUCUUUCCCGUAAAAAAAUGAAAACCAAACAUGAGAAUGAGUUCCACCAGAUCCAUUGUAAUAAUAACAACAACAACGAGAAUGAAGAAGCACCCGAAGAAUUUGUUCUUGAUGAUUAUAAUAGUGACGAUGAUGACAGUAAAAUUGGAACUAACAAUAAUUUCGGCGAUAAUUAUUCUGCCGAAGUAAAAGAAUUAUUAGCAAGAUUUCAAGAAAAUCAAGAGUUUGAGCUAGAUAGCGAGAAAGUCAAUAAUAAAAACUGGUCGGGAGAAGACGAUGAAGAUGAAGAACCUGAAGAAACAAAGAUUUAUUAUUGUUCUCGAACGCAUUCUCAAUUAUCGCAAUUUAUUCAAGAAGUCCGAAAGACUAGAUAUGAUGAACUGAAGUUAAUUUCUUUGGGUUCUCGAAAGAAUCUAUGCAUCAAUGAAAAAGUUCAGAAAUUGAAAAAUGUAGCACGAAUGAAUGAACAAUGCAUGGAAAUGCAAAAACCCAACACAAAAUCAGAUAAAAAGUGCCCUUACUUUUCCAAAAUUGGAAAAUCGCGCAUGCUGGACUUUAGAGACCAUGCGUUGGCCUUAGUACGUAAUAUAGAAGAACUCGUGGAGGUUGGUCAAAAACUAGAAACUUGUCCUUAUUACGGUACAAGAAAAAGUAUCAAACAAUCUCAGAUCGUAACCCUCCCAUACAAUCUUCUCUUAUCAAAAUCAACUCGCGAGUCGAUGGGGAUUUCAUUAAAAAAUAAUGUUGUCAUAAUCGAUGAAGCCCAUAAUCUAGUAGAGACAAUAACAGCAGUGCACACUGUAUAUGUUGAUCACUCGCAAAUAUCGCGUGCACAAUUACAAUUAACUAGAUAUCUCGAGCGAUACAAAAGACGGUUAAAAGGGAAAAAUAUCGUUUAUAUUCGUCAAAUUUUAGCUUUGUUAGAUGCAUUGACUAAAUGCUUGAAUCAAUGGACAAAAUCAUGUGAGAAUAAGCGAGAUAAAGAAAAUUGCGAGGAAAUUAAGAUGGUAAAUGAGUUUAUGCAUCAUUUAAAUAUUGAUAAUUUGAAUUUGUUUAAACUCGAAAAGUAUUUGAAAAAAAGUAAUCUGGCGCGAAAGCUUAAUGGAUUUAUGGAUAAAAUGGAAUUCCAUGAAGUUAAAAUUCAUCCAAGUAAUGACGAUGUGAAUGAUUAUUCUUCUUCAAUUCCUUGUUUAAAUCAAAUUGAAACUUUCUUUAUGUCAUUGACAAACGGAGAUAUUGAUGGACGUAUCAUCCUUGGGUUCAUGCCGAUUGCAGGCACAUCUAAAUAUCAACCCUAUAUAAAGUAUUUAUUAUUAAAUCCUUCAAAUCAAUUUAAAGACGUUGUGAUGGAAGCAAGAAGUGUGAUUUUAGCAGGUGGAACAAUGGAACCUGUCAAAGAUUUGAUUGAUCAAUUAUUUUCGUAUCUUCCGCCAGAAAAAAUUGAUCGAUUUUCUUGUGGACAUAUUAUUCCUAAAAAAAAUCUAUUAACUUUGGUUGUAUCAAAUGGUCCUACCGGGAUGCCAAUGGAAUUUACCUUUGAACGUCGAACAGAUGAGAAGUUGAUUGAUCAAUUAGGCCAAACCAUCUCCAAUCUUUGCAACAUCAUUCCAGAUGGUAUUGUUUGUUUUUUCGGAUCAUAUGCUUACUUAGAAAAAGUAUAUCUCCGUUGGCAACAGAAUAAUACAUUGGAAAGAAUACAAAAGCGUAAAAAAAUAUUUCGUGAACCUCGUCAAUCCAAUGAAGUCGACAAAAUCUUGCGUGACUAUUCAGCGCACAUUCAUUCGAUACCAGCUGGAUCUAAGAAUGGUGGCGCUUUGCUUUUUUGUGUUGUGGGAGGUAAAAUGAGUGAAGGCAUUAAUUUUGCGGAUCGAUUGGGAAGGGGAGUUCUAAUGGUAGGACUACCAUUUGCAAAUAUGAAUUCUGCAGCACUGAAAGAGAAAAUGAAAUACAUUGAUCAAAAAGGUCAAGAUACACGAUCUGGAGAUCAACAUUCACCUGGGAGAGAGUACUACGAGAAUUUAUGCAUGCGAUCGGUUAAUCAAUCAAUUGGUCGUGCGAUUCGACACAAAACUGACUACGCCACGAUUGUUCUAAUUGACCGACGAUUUAGUACACCUCGUAUUAGACAAAAAUUACCCGGAUGGAUUUGUGAAAAUGUGGUGGAAUGUUCAAAAUUUGGAAAUGUUAUCUGUAAUGUUGCAUCGUUUUUUAGGAAUCGAGAUUAA